AGAGAGAAAGAGAGAGAGAGAGAGAGAGGGAGAUCACCAUCAUCAACGUCUAGCUGUCACACUUCUCUUUUCUUCAAUCAUGAAUGGCUGUCUGUUUCAAACUUCUUUUGACCUAUCUUAAUUUUCUCCUUCCGACCCCUCUAUACACAAUUUACGCAACUUUUAACUUUUUUAACUUCCCUCCUCUUUUCUUCUGUUCAAUUCAUAGGAAUCCGUCAAAACAAAUCGUUGGCACUAAAUUGGGUUGCUUUCAGAUUAGUUAAUUAAGACUGUUGUUGCCGCAUGCUUUUACUCUGUUGCUUUUCUUAUUUACUCUCAACGAAAGGGAAGUUCGUCCUUUCAUCUGGUGGUUUUUGGUGGAUGUCUUUGAAUUUUCGGGUGAAUUUUAAAGGCUUUUGAUGGUUAUCUGAGAAUUUGAUGCUUCUUGGCUUCAGUCAAGCAGCUAUUUCUACUGUUAUCUGAGCUCUGCAAUUCAUCACGGUCAUGGUGAAUAAUCAAGAUUUUCCAUUUCUUAUCUGGAUAUUGUCUAUUACCUGUUUGUUAUCCGGUUCCUUAGAGUUUAAGCCUAUAGACAAUUACCUUAUAGACUGUGGUUCCUCCACAAAUAAAUCAGUAGGUGUUCGUACAUUUGUCUCUGAUGAUUUCUAUUCCAAUCUUCUCACAACCCAGAAAAGCAUCCCUGUGAAUUCCAUAUCCUCCCUUAAAGAUUCAGUUCUGUUUGAGACAGCAAUAGUCUUUGAUGGACCUUCACAUUACACCUUCCCUAUCCAAAAACACGGGCGCCAUUUGAUUCGUCUCUAUUUCUUCCCUUUCCUUGCUGAGAAUUUUAAUUUGAGUAAGGCCAAGUUUUCUGUCUCUGCUCAGAAUUUCACUCUAAUAAAAGAAUACAGACCAGAAUCUAGCCCUGUUGUGAAGGAAUUCUUUUUGAAUAUUACUUCUGAUAAGCUUGUUCUCACCUUUUCUCCUCACUCCAAUUCAUUUGCUUAUGUCAAUGCCUUGGAAUUUUUUUCACUUCCUGAUGAGCUCAUUCCUGUGGAGGCCUCCUUCGUUGCUUCACAGGGACAUAAACAGGCUUUGUGGAAACAGGCUUUAGAGACAGUUGCAAGGGUUAACAUGGGGAACUUGACUGUGAAUCGUAACCUUGAUGCCUUAUGGAGGCUUUGGAUUGGUGAUGGUGGUUAUCUAGUUCAUCACAAUCUAGGAACAUUUUUAGAAAAUGUCACAGCUGUGAAUUCCACUAGUGGGACAACAGAGAUUUUUGCCCCUUCUUGGGUGUAUGGCACUGCCACUAAGUUAUACUCUGAAGAUGAUCCUGGAACUAUUGCCAAUAUAACAUGGAAUUUUCCUGUUGACCCGGGUUUUGAGUACCUUGUCCGGCUUCACUUUUGUGAUAUACUGCCUGCCUCUGUACCACUGCUGUUCUUCAAUGUUUAUGUCAAUUCAUUGUUAGUUUCUCAUCUUAAUCUUCUUAAUCUCACAUCAAAUGUAUUAGGUGCCCCAUAUUUUCUGGAUGUGAUUGCAAGGGUAAAGGAGAGUACUUUGCUUAACGUAAGUGUUGGCACUUCUUCUGCUCUUGAUCCCUAUUCAAAUGCCAUUCUUAAUGGGUUGGAGAUCAUGAAGAUAAAUAAUUCUAAGGGCAGCCUUGAUGUGUUGGAUUCUGUUAUCUCCAGAAGGGAUGCUUUAAAAGUCUCCAAGCUGAAAAUUGCUGUCAUAGUUGGCUUGGCUGUUGGGUUAUUCAUGGCCAAGGUUGCAGAUUUCGGCCUCUCAAAGAUGGGUCCUGAGAUUGAUCAAACUCAUGUCAGCACAGCCGUUAAAGGAAGCUUCGGAUAUCUUGAUCCAGAGUACUUGACAAGGCAACAACUGACUGAUAAAUCAGAUGUAUACUCCUUUGGAGUGGUGAUGUUUGAAAUCCUCUGCGGUAGGCCUGUCAUUGACCCUUCCCUGCCGAGGGAGAAGGUGAAUUUGGUGGAAUGGGCAAUGAAAUGCCAGAAGACAGGCCGGGUAACAGAAAUUAUAGAUCCCUGCCUUGUCGGAGAAGUAAAACCGGAGUCUUUAAACAAGUAUGUGGAGAUAGCUGAGAAAUGCUUAGCAGAAUGUGGGAUUGAUAGGCCUACAAUGGGGGAUGUCUUGUGGAAUAUGGAGUAUGCUCUGCAACUUCAAGGGACUCCUGCAGAAAGAUCAAAUCAUAAAGAAGAAGAAGCUGUGCUACUUAGCCAUGUCAGUCAAUUCUCGAGCAGUAUAUCUACCACAAGUUCAAGCGUCCGCGACCUCGCAGGUGCCUCGUUGAGCAAGGUGUUUGCUCAAAUGGUGGUGAGGGAGGAAAUGAGGUAGAUUCUGUAAUGUACAGAGAGAAUUACGGGUGAAGUUCAAAGGGUGUGAAGCAUGUCAUUUUGUUUGUGGGUAUUCCAGCCUGCAACUCAUUUUGUAGUGAUUAGCUUGAUCAUA